AUGGCCUGGCGCUGGUGGCGGUGGCUGCGUGGGUGCUCGUGGGGACCGGCGGCGCGGGGCUCGGGGACCGGCAGCCGUGGCGGCGUGGGGCCGCGUGGGUCGCGCGCCCCCUUGGACGGCCGCGCGCAGAUGCCCUAUUUUAAUCUUGUGAAGAGUUUAACAUCUGCCUUUCCAAAUGUGUGCAAUGUAUCACGGUUUCAGCACACAACACCAGCGGCAUGCUGCUGUAGUCAAACGCGGAGCGGCGAGAAAUUCUCCGAUCCUUUCAAACUCGGAUGGAGAGACUUGAAGGGCCUGUACGAGGACAUCAGGAAGGAGCUGCUCGUGUCCACAACGGAGCUGAAGGAGAUGUCGGAGUACUACUUCGACGGGAAGGGGAAAGCCUUCCGGCCAGUGGUCGUGGUGCUCAUGGCCCGAGCUUGUAACGUCCAUCACAACAACUCCCGAGAUGUGCAAGCCAGCCAGCGCUCCAUAGCCUUAAUUGCAGAAAUGAUCCACACCGCCAGUCUGGUCCACGACGAUGUGAUUGACGACGCAAGUUCCCGAAGAGGCAAGCACACAGUUAAUAAGAUCUGGGGUGAAAAGAAGGCCGUGCUCGCUGGAGAUCUAAUUCUGUCUGCAGCAUCGAUCGCUCUAGCACGGAUUGGAAACACGACCGUUAUAUCUAUUCUGACCCAAGUGAUAGAAGACCUGGUGCGUGGUGAAUUUCUUCAGCUGGGGUCAAAAGAGAAUGAGAACGAGAGAUUCGCACACUACCUGGAGAAAACCUUCAAGAAGACGGCCAGCCUGAUCGCCAACAGUUGUAAAGCAGUCUCCGUGCUAGGAUGCCCGGACCCUGCGGUGCACGAGAUAGCCUAUCAGUAUGGAAAAAACGUGGGAAUUGCUUUCCAGCUGAUUGAUGACGUGCUGGAUUUCACCUCGUGUGCCGACCAGAUGGGCAAACCCACAUCUGCAGAUCUGAAGCUCGGCCUAGCCACUGGCCCGGUCCUCUUUGCUUGUCAGCAGUUUCCAGAAAUGAAUGCUAUGAUAAUGAGACGGUUCAGUUUGCCAGGAGACGUGGACAGAGCUCGACAGUACGUACUACAGAGUGAUGGUGUGCAGCAAACAACCUACCUCGCCCAGCGCUACUGCCAUGAAGCCAUCAGGGAGAUCAGUAAACUUCGCCCAUCCCCGGAAAGAGAUGCCCUCAUCCAGCUCUCGGAGAUCGUGCUCACAAGAGAGAAAUGAUGACUCUCCCUGUUCCUGUGGCAGCUACCAUACCAGACUGUGCCUAAAGUUGUUUGCUUCAUGUGCAGAUAACCAAAAAUCAUUUUAAAAACACUUUCCAUUAACUUCUUGU